UAAUGCAUGUCUCUCCUCUCACACAAAUUCAUUUCAUUUCAUCGGGUGGUUCAGUUGAAUGACAAGUCAAACAAGCCUGGAACACCGAAUCCCCCCACCACCUCCAAAUCCAUCCAUUACACCAUUGCUUUUCAGUUUCUGUUUCAGUUGCAGGAUCUGAAAGACACCAUCUGGAGGAGCUUCUGAGGUUCUAGAUCUUGGACAGAGUGUCCUAAUUCUAUUGUUGAAAGUUGGUUGAAGUGAAUCUAUAUAGCCCACAGAGAAAAUGGUUGCAGGUAAAGGUGCUAAAGGUCUUCUUACAGGGAAGUCCUCCUCUGCUGUUGCUGUUAACAAUAAGUCUAACAGUAAUGACAAGGCUGAUAAGAAGAAGCCAAUCAGCCGGUCAUCUCGUGCAGGCCUCCAGUUUCCAGUUGGGCGUAUCCACCGGAUGUUGAAAUCCAGAGUAUCUGCAAACGGGAGAGUGGGGGCAACAGCAGCAGUAUAUUCAGCAGCUAUAUUGGAGUAUCUGACUGCAGAAGUUCUGGAACUGGCAGGAAAUGCCAGUAAAGAUCUGAAGGUGAAACGCAUCACUCCAAGGCAUCUGCAGCUUGCUAUCAGGGGAGAUGAAGAGCUUGAUACUUUGAUCAAGGGUACCAUUGCUGGUGGUGGUGUCAUCCCUCACAUUCACAAAUCCCUCAUUAACAAAUCCACAAAGAAGGAUUAGCUCUCUGUAUUUGGACCAGAGACAAACAUCUCAGUAUAGAAUGUAGACUGACAGUGUUCUGCUCAUGUAAAUGACUGGAUAUGGUGACUGGUGUGUGUUUAAUUUAAGAAAUUAAGGCUAUUAGUCCUUAAUUUGUGAUAUGAUUUGUCAUAGUUCCUUACAGUGGCCAGGUGGUUUCUUGAGAUUGGUAUUAAAUUUUCCCUUACGUGGGAUAUUAAUUUUAAUGCCCCAAUACCUCCCAAUGUGAGACAGAUUGAAAUUUUACCAUUAUUAUUAUUGUCUUUAAAAAGUAAAAUUUUGGAA